CCCCCCCCCCUCACCCGCCAACGCCGAACAGCGCCUUGUCCGCCCGCCCGCCCGCCACUCAAGCAGGGCGGGUGGCGGGGCCUUGGGAAGGAUGAGGCGCCGCGGAGGAGCCCGAGCCGGGCCUCGCUGUGAUACGUGAGAAGAUGCUGGCGUCGAAGGUCUAAGAAGAUUUGUUUUCUUUGUUUUUAACGUGGACCACGUGCCUGCUGUGUUGUGAAAUUUUGCAACAGCACGUACUGUGAUGGACCCUCAGAAUACUGCUAUGUUAGGGCUGGGUUCUGGUUCUGAAGGGUUUUCUGGGAAAAGCCCCUCUGCGGUUGCCACGGGCGCGGCAGGAGGCAAAAGAGAGUUGGCCCUCGAUGGUAGCGCUAAGGAGGAGGAAGAGAAGAAGAGGAGCCGCGAGGAGAACGACGGCGAGAUCGGCAAGGGUGAGAGCCUGUCCGACGUCCAGCAGCAGUUUUCUGUGAAGGAAACAAACUUUUCGGAGGGAAAUUUAAAACUGAAAAUUGGCCUCCAAGCUAAGAGAACUAAGAAACCCCCAAAGAAUUUGGAAAAUUAUGUCUGCCGGCCUGCCAUAAAAACCACUAUCAAGCAGCCCAGGAGGGUGCAGAAGGCUGGGAAGAUGACAGAGGAGAAGAAUGACCCAGGACCUGCGAAACAGGACUCAACAAAACUGUACAAGAAAGGCGGAGAAACCACGGCAGUCGAAUGCUCCGCAACUGAGGGCAGGCCGAGGGAGAGCAGUCCGCUUUCGAAGAAACCUUCGCCGUUGCACUCUGAAGCGACCGAUUAUGGGAAGUCGGCCCUUUCUACUCCAGUCAGCAGUCGUGAUCCCGACUCAAAGGACAGAGCUCAGCUUAAUGGAGCCACCACCGUAACAGAAAAAUUGGCUCAGCUCAUUGCCACUUGCCCCCCGUUGAAGUCUUCCAAAAUGAAGCAGAAGAAGCCGGCCGUGGGGGUGGCCUCCGAGUUUGCUAAAGACUCUGGAAAGAAGCUUCUGCCGACCGGGACCCCCAUGGUGGCAGCUAGCAAGGACUUUGUAAAGAAACUACCUGGCUGUGGCAGUAUGAGUGCUGCACUGGCCAACAAGGAUUUCGCAAAGAAGGCGCCGGGGACGAGUGGCGGAGCUGGGUUGAUCAGCAGAGAGUCUGGGGCUAAAAAGCAACCAGGGACAUGCCCUAGCGCAGCUGGAUUAGUUAGCAAUAAGGAUUGUGGGAAGAAACCGCCUGUCCUUACCUCUCCAAUAGGAUUGAUUAGCAAAGAGAGUGGAAGGAAACCACUAGUGACUGGUAUGCCAGUUGGGCUAGUGAGUAAGGAGUCUGGGAAAAGAUUCCUGGGGUCUAGCAGUCCAAUCGGAUUGGUCAGUAAGGAGACUGGUAGAAAGCUGCUAGGGGCUGCCACUCCUCCUGGGUUGGCUAACAAAGACUUGGGGAAAAAAUUACCAGCAUCUGGCAGUCCAGUUGGAUUGGUUAAUAAGGAUACCGGAAAGAAAUAUCUGGCUUCAGAUAGUCUGGUUGGGCUGGUUAACAAGGACUCGGGAAAGAAACUGCCCAUGAUCAGUAGUCCAAGCGGGAAACUGCCCAUGACCAGUAAUCCUAUUGGUUUAACUAAUAAAGACUCUGGGAAGAAACUCUCGGGGGUGACUGGUCCAAUUGGAUUGGUCACUAAAGAAUCAGGAAAGAAGGUACUGGGGGUUGGCACGCCACCCAGUUUAGCAGCUAAGGACUCUGGGAAGAAAACGGCAGGGGCCAGCAGUCCAGCCGGGCUGACGAACAAGGACUCAGGGGUUCUGAAAGCAGACGUCGGUAAUGCUUCCUCCGAGCCCUUCAAACGCUUUUGUAGCGGAAGCAUCAUCGACCUUGAUGGCCCGGAGCCUGCAGCCUCUCCAAAAGACAGUGGGGGCAUCAAAGGGUUUGAGAAGCACGUUCCGAAGCAGAGCAAAGAGAGCAUUCCAGAAAAGAUGGUGGUUCAGAGAGACAUCUCAGGUGGAGGCAAAGAAGGAGCCUGCGUACAGCAGGAAGCUCCUUCGCCUGUUGAAAGGCUUACUUCUGAUGCAUCGAAGCAUGACAAGCAGCUGCCGGUGUAUUGCACUUCCCCGGACUUCAGGACAGCCGGCGGCGCUUCUGAUCUGUCUACAGCCAAAUCACCUUUUAGCGCUGUAGGGGAGGGGAACCUCCCGUCCCCCUCCCCAUCAGCCUCUGUCACUUCUUUAACCCGAAGCCCCACUUCAACCUCGGCUCAGCUGACUUCCAACCCGUCGCAUUUAAAUAACACGCCAGAGCUCUUAGAAGGAAUUUCCGAGCCGAUUAGCAAGGCCCCGUUUGCUACUGACGGCGCACGCUCGGCCGCGAACAGGCUGUCCAAUCCUGUCUCGCACGCCACCGGCAAAGGGAUCAGUAGGGAAUUAAAUGAUUCCAAAGCUGCCCACACAGAUACCCCAAAACCUAGCCCUGCCAUAGGCAGAAAGCUCAACUUGACAACUGAAUCAAAGGUUCGUGCCACUAUUGCCCCUUCGGUGGUUAGCUUCUCCAGCUUAUUUAACAAUAAACCCAUUCUAAAGAUCGGUGCCAUGACUGCGUCAGGGAAAUCCUGCCAAGGACCUGGCUCCCCGGGCAGCGGUGGUGACCCCCAAUCAAAGCCCUUAAAGAAAAGGAAAGGACGGAAGCCGCGCUGGACCAAGGUGGUCUCUAGGAGCGCCUGCAGGCCUCCUAAAGGGCUAGAAUUAGGAAGGCCUGACCUUUUCAAAAACAUUUCUUGCAGUGCGCUGUCAAACAGUAGCCUGGACCAGGCCAAGCUCUUUAAAAACACAGGCCCACCUUCCUUUGUGGAUCACGAGUUCGUCAAGCACCAGUUGCCGAAGCUGAGCAAAUCCGGUAGCAUGCAAUCUCUCGCUCUGCUCAGUAUCGAGAAGGAAUCCAGCAAGUUUUACAGUCCACACUUGCAGGCUUCUGGUGGGUGCCUUUCGGAUGAAUUGUUGCCUGAGAUGUACAAGUCCAAGAGGGGGAGAUCGAAAUCCAAAGAGAUGCCCCAUUUGGAAGGUCCCCCCAAACGCACCCUGAAGAUCCCCGCCUCAAAGGUGUUUUCAGUGCAGUCGAAGGAAGAACAGGAGCCUCCGGUGUUGCAUCCAGAGGUUGAAAUUCCUUCUCUUCGACAGAGCCUCGAGGAUCAUGCUUUUCCAAAGAAGAGAGGGCGGCCGAAAAGGCAAAUCAGAUCGGGGGUCAAAAUGAAGCCCCCUGUUUUAUCUGUAGCUCCUUUUGUCACUACUGACAAUUCUGACAUGCUCGAGCCUGAAAGCGACCAGCAGCCGAAUGAGGAUUUCUUUGAAAUGUCGGAUCACCUUGGAGGCCCGGAGGAACUUGGGGAAACAGAUGCCUGCAGCGCGCCCGAUCUGGAGGUAGAGCCGGACAGAAAAGAGUCCAAGCGGAACAAUGGGCAGCUGAUGAAAACCAUCAUCAGGAAAAUCAACAAGAUGAAGACGUUAAAGCGGAAGAAGUUCUUGAAUCAGAUCCUCUCGUCCACUGCGACAGAACCAAAUAAAGGGAAAGUGCAAUCCAAGCUCCACACGACGGUCUCGACCCUCGCUGCCACAUUCAGCUCGAAACUGGGCCAGCAGAUCAACGUCAGCAAGAAAGGAACAAUCUACAUAGGAAAAAGGCGAGGCAGGAAGCCCAAAGCCGUCCUGAACGGCAUCUUGGGUACCUCUGCCGGCUUGAGCGUUCUUGAAAAGUCUGCUCAACAAGCAGGGGGGUCUGCACUAAGCCAGGCGGUCCCUCCGUUGCUGAGUGCUGCAGCUAAUAACUCUGAGAUUCUUCCAUCCCCGGUAUGCUCUCAGUCCUCCGGGGUGAGUGGGGGCCAGAGCCCAGUCAGCAGCGACAUGGGCUUUGUGGAGCCCAACUCAGUUCCAUACUUGCACCUCCACUCCAGGCAGGGGAGCGUGGUUCAGACCCUUGCGAUGAGAAAGGCCUCCAAAGCCAGGAGGAGGCUCUCCCCGCCCACUCUGCUCCCGAACUCCCCAUCCCACAUGAGCGAGCUGAGCUCACUGAAGGAAGCGACCCCCUCGCCCAUCAGCGAGUCCCACAGCGACGAGACCAUCCCCAGCGACAGCGGCAUCGGAACCGACAACAACAGCACUUCUGACCGGGCCGAGAAGUUCUGCGGCCCGAAGAAACGGCGGCAUUCCUUCGACCACAUCUCCCUCGUCCCCCCAGAGACCUCCACUGUCCUGAGCGGUCUCAAGGAGAAGCACAAGCAUAAGUGCAAACGCCGGAGCCAUGACUACCUGGCCUACGAUAAGAUGAAACGGCAGAAGCGGAAGAGGAAGAAGAAGUACCCGCAGUUGCGCGGCAGACAGGACCCCGAUUUCCUGGCUGAACUGGAGGAGCUGAUCAGUCGGUUGAGCGAGAUCCGGAUAACUCACCGUAGCCACCAUUUUAUCCCCCGGGACUUGCUGCCGACCAUUUUCCGAAUUAAUUUCAACAGUUUCUACACCCACCCCACUUUUCCUUUGGAUCCUUUGCACUACAUCCGGAAACCGGACUUAAAGAAGAAGCGAGGCCGGCCCCCCAAAAUGAGGGAGGCGAUGGCAGAAAUGCCUUUCAUGCAUAGCCUUAGUUUCCCCCUGUCCAGUACUGGAUUCUACCCUUCCUACGGUAUGCCUUACUCUCCUUCUCCCCUCGCUGCUGCUCCGAUUGGUUUGGGCUACUACGGGCGGUACCCGCCAACCCUUUAUCCCCCUCCACCUUCGCCUUCGUUUACAACUCCGUUGCCCCCUCCGUCUUACAUGCAUACCGGCCACUUGCUCCUCAACCCAGCGAAGUUCCACAAGAAGAAGCAUAAGCUACUGCGCCAGGAGGCAUUCCUCACUGCCAGCCGGGCACCCCUCCUCUCCAUGAGCACCUACCACCCCAGCGUCCCUCCAGAGAUGGCCUAUGGCUGGAUGCUGGAACACAAGCACCGGCACCGCCACAAGCACCGCGAGCACCGCUCCUCGGAGCAGCCCCAAGUCUCCAUGGAGACUUUGGCAGCCAACGGCUCUUCUCGCACUGUCCUGGAGUCUCUGAAGCGUUACCGCUUUGGGAAGGAGGCCGUGGGCGAGAGAUACAAGCAUAAGGAGAAACACCGAUGUCAUAUGGCUUGCCCGCACCUUUCCCCUUCGAAAGGCCUGCUAGGCAGGGAGGAGCAGUGGGUCAGGAGGGAGCCAACGGAGUCUAACUCGCUCUCGCUAGGAUUACAGUCCCCGUUGCAGAUUGACUGUUUGGACACUCCACCCAGCCUGCCUUUGGGGCGGUUCACGCCGAAUUCCGAGCCUGCCAGCAGCGACGAACACACAAACCUUUUUACCAGUGCAAUAGGUAGCUGCCGAGGCACUGUCUCUUCCGGUACUGGUGGGCGUAAAAAACUAUCUGACGGCUCGGGACUGUUCAGCCCCCAAGAAGCGCCGCUCAGCCGACCCCUGAGGAAGGAGACGUUGCCCCCCAUGGAGAAGGCACUGACAAACCUGUCAGGCACGCUUCCAGCACAGGACAAGCCCUCGCAGAGGCCAACGGAGACCACCAGCUGCAGCCCUUCCAGAAAGAGGUCUUCAUCGGAAAGCACAUCUUCUACAGUGGUCGGGAUACCUGCACGGAGUACGAGGCUAGGAAGCACCAUGGAAGAUUCCGUGGAUAAUAUAUUACAGCACAUUGCCCAGCACGAAAGUCAGGCUGCGCUGGACAAAACCCUCGAGGCCGUCAUGGCCAACGCGCCCGCUCCGCCUUCUGGGAGCCCCAGCCGCAGCCCCAACCGGGAGAAGAGCAGCUGCCUCUCGGGCCCGAGCGUUCUGGGUGACUCGGGCCACGAAGGCCACUCUCUCCUUUCCGACCGCUUGUCGGGUGGCUACUCCCCGCAUCACCUCAAGAGGAGCAUGGUGGAAGCCAUGCAGCGGCAGGCGAGGAAAAUGUGCGAUUACGACAAGAUCUUGGCCACCAAGAAAAACCUGGACCACGUGAACAAGAUCCUCAAAGCCAAGAAGCUUCAGCGGCAGUCGCGGACGGGCAAUAACUUUGUGAAGCGCCGGCCGGGCAGGCCCAGGAAGUACCCAUUGCAGUCGGUGGUUUCGGUGCACUCGCUGCAAGUGAGCCGGUUCGUCGGCCCCGACCUCGAGAGCGGGGACAAAGACUGCCUGCUGCACCGUGGCCCGGACACUGUGACAGACGCCAUAGAGUCGGUGGUCCAGGGGGUGAAUGUGAAAGGGUGGAAGAGGAAGAGGUGGCUGGAGGAGGAGGAGGAGCAGGCCCGGAAGAGGCAAAAGCCUCUGCCGGAGGAAGAGCAGGAGAGCAACAAGAGCUUUCCCGAGGCUGCAGCCGAGUGCCCUGCCCCCGAGGAGACGGUGGUAAAACCGCGUGAGCCAGAGAGAGUCGAGCAGCCUCCGACCGCCUUUGUCCAGCGUGAGAAGAAAGCUCCCCGCCCUCCGAAGAAGAAGUACCAGAAGGCAGGGCUGUACUCUGAUGUGUACAAAACCACCGACCCCAAAAGUCGCCUGAUCCAGUUAAAGAAGGAGAAGCUGGAGUACACUCCUGGAGAACAUGAGUACGGAUUGUUCCCGGCUCCUAUUCACGUGGGAAAAUACCUACGACAAAAGCGAAUAGACUUCCAGCUGCCCUACGAUAUUCUCUGGCAAUGGAAACAUAACCAGCUGUAUAAGAAGCCGGAUGUCCCGCUUUACAAGAAAAUCCGUUCCAAUGUUUAUGUGGAUGUGAAACCUCUUUCUGGAUACGAGGCCACCACCUGUAACUGCAAGAAACCCGAAGACGGGAACAAGAAGGGCUGCAUGGACGACUGUUUGAACAGGAUGAUCUUUGCCGAGUGCUCGCCCAACACAUGCCCUUGCGGGGAGCAGUGCUGCAACCAGCGGAUCCAGAGGCAUGAAUGGGUGCAGUGCUUGGAGCGCUUCCGGGCUGAGGAGAAGGGCUGGGGCAUCCGCACGAAAGAGCCCCUGAAAGCCGGGCAGUUCAUCAUCGAGUACUUGGGGGAAGUGGUCAGCGAGCAGGAGUUCAGGAACCGGAUGAUCGAGCAGUACCACAACCACAGCGAUCACUACUGCCUCAACCUCGAUAGUGGGAUGGUGAUCGACAGCUAUCGCAUGGGCAACGAGGCCCGCUUCAUCAAUCACAGCUGCAACCCGAAUUGCGAGAUGCAGAAAUGGUCCGUCAACGGAGUCUACCGGAUCGGGCUGUAUGCGCUGAAGGACAUGCCCGCUGGCACCGAGCUAACGUACGACUACAACUUUCAUUCCUUCAAUGUGGAAAAGCAGCAACUCUGCAAGUGUGGCUUCGACAAGUGCAGAGGCAUCAUCGGGGGGAGGAGCCAGCGAGUGAAUGGCCUCCUGAGCAAAAGCAACCAGCCGGUCACCUCACAGAGGAGGCCCAGCCGGUCCAAAGAGAAGAGGAAAUCCAAGCACAAGUUGAAGAAAAGGAAGGGUCACACGCACGAGGAGCCCAGCGAAAGUUCCAGCACCCCGACGCGGUUGACUCCACAGCUGCAAAUGAAGCCGAUGUCCAACAGGGAAAGGAAUUUCGUGUUGAAGCAUCAUGUUUUCUUGGUGCGCAACUGGGAGAAAAUCCGGCAGAAGCAGGAGGAAGUCAAACACGCCAGCGACAACCUUCACUCUGCCUCGUUAUACACACGCUGGAACGGGAUGUGCCGGGAUGAUGGCAACAUAAAAUCCGACGUCUUCAUGACCCAGUUCUCCGCCCUGCAGACCUCCCGCUCCGUGCGGACGCGGCGGCUGGCUGCAGCCGAGGAGAACCUGGGUGCGCGAGCAGCCCGCCUCGCCCAGAUCUUCAAGGAGAUCUGCGACGGCAUCAUCUCGUACAAAGAUUCCUCCCGGCAGGCGCUCGCUGCUCCUCUGCUGAAUCUACCCCCGAAGAAAAAGAAUGCAGAGUACUACGAGAAGAUCUCUGACCCCCUCGACCUCGCCACCAUCGAGAAGCAGAUCCUGACGGGCUACUACAAAACCGUAGAAGCUUUCGACAGUGACAUGCUGAAGGUCUUCCGCAACGCUGAGAAAUACUACGGUAGGAAGUCACCCAUCGGGCGGGACGUCUGCCGGCUUCGGAAGGCGUAUUACAACGCCCGCCACGAGGCGGCCGCCCAGAUCGACGAGAUUGUGGGGGAGACGGCGAGUGAGGCAGACAGCAGCGAGACCUCCAUGUGCGAGAAGGAGAGCGGGCACGAGAAAGACGAGGACGUCAUCCGGUGCAUCUGCGGCUUGUACAAAGACGAAGGGCUCAUGAUCCAGUGCGACAAGUGCAUGGUUUGGCAGCACUGCGACUGCAUGGGGGUGAACUCCGAUGUCGAGCACUACUUGUGCGAGCAGUGCGAACCUCGCACAGUGGACAGGGAGGUACCUAUGAUUCCUCGACCUCAUUAUGCCCAGCCCGGUUGCGUUUAUUUCAUCUGUCUUUUACGAGAUGACCUCUUGCUUCGCCAAGGUGACUGUGUGUACCUGAUGAGAGACAGCCGAAGGACCCCGGAUGGCCACCCGGUCCGGCAGUCAUACCGCCUGCUGUCCCACAUCAACCGAGAGAGGCUUGACAUCUUCCGCAUUGAAAAACUCUGGAAGAAUGAAAAAGAGGAGCGGUUUGCGUUUGGCCACCACUAUUUCCGUCCGCACGAAACCCACCACUCCCCCUCCCGCAAGUUCUACCACAACGAGCUGUUUCGGGUGCCGCUGUACGAGAUCAUCCCCUUGGAGGCCGUGGUGGGGACGUGCUGCGUGCUGGACCUCUACACCUACUGCAAAGGACGGCCAAAGGGAGUGAAGGAGCAAGACGUAUACAUCUGCGAUUACCGCCUGGACAAAUCGGCCCAUCUCUUCUACAAGAUCCACCGCAACCGCUAUCCCGUGUGCACCAAGUCCUACGCCUUCGACCACUUUCCCAAAAGGCUCACCCCGAAGAGAGACUUCUCACCUCAUUAUGUACCAGACAACUACAAGAGAAAUGGGGGCAGGUCAUCUUGGAAAUCUGACCGUUCCAAGUCACAGAAUAAAGACCUCAGCCAAGAAGAGGACCCCCUUCCCCUUAUGGAGGACAUGAUCCCGAGUCAGGAGCAGCCGCCCAGCGAGCAAACGCCCAGCCCGGAGGAGCCGGAGAAGGAGACGUUCCCUCAGGAAAGCAGCGAGGCGGACAAGAAGGCUGAGGAGAGCAGCCCCGUCCCCAGGCGGCUCUGCACCCCGGAGGAGCGCCGGCACAUGCAGCGGGAGAGGCUGAACCAGAUCCUCCUCACCCUUCUAGAGAAAAUCCCAGGGAAGAAUGCCAUCGACGUCACCUACCUGCUGGAGGAAGGCUCGGGGCGGAAGCUGCGGCGGCGCACGCUGUGUCUCACGGAGAGCAGCUACCGGAAGUGAUGCUGUUUCACGGAGAGAGAGAGAGGCUGUGGCCUGGAUGCGCUGUCAGAUGUGCGUGAGACGGACAGAGGGGCAUAGUUUUACCACUCACCUGCGCCUCACGGUGCGUGUUGAGUGGAAGGGGCCCAGGAGGGGAGAAAAUAACUGACAAAACGGUUCUGUAGCACUUAGACGAUGCGACGCGAUUGGGCCGGCAGGCGGCCCCGCCCUGCCCGGCAGUGCUCUUAUGAUGUGUGUGGUGUUGGGCGUGCCUUGUUAUCAAUGUUGAGGUACUAAGGAAAAACCUUGUGGUCAUUUGUCGGAGGCGGUCAAAAAAAAAUUUUUUUUAACUUAUUUUUUGUUUAUUUGGCUCCGACAUCCUUGCUCAGAGGAAGGAAAAAGGGGUGUGCAGACGGGAGGGAGGAGGGGAGGUUAACAGGUCCGGAACUGCUCUUCAGUAGGAAUCCCUCCCGGUACACAUCACUCCUUUCUCCUCCGAUUGGACACCACACAGAAGCGGACGGGAGGAGGCGCCCAGGCCUGGAGGGCCAAAAGCAUAAGCUGCCCUUGUGGAGGGCACGGGAGGGGGCUCAUGCAAGACGCGUCCAAGGAAACGCCAUGCUUUGACCGCCAGAGGGGCCUGUUGGACGUAUCGCGUGGAAGCGGCCCAGUCUGCUCGAAAGCUCCCAGCAAAGCGUUUCGCUCGAAGCACUUGUUCCCCGUUCUAAGACACGGGGGUGGACAGAAAGGGCGAUUUCUAUUUUUUAUUUUGCUGCAGAGAAAUUUUAUAAAGCAAAUCCCAGAUCCCUAACGCCACCCCGUUGGGUUUUUCCUCUUUUGUUUCAAUUUCCCCCUCUUCCCCCCAAGCUGUGGUUUUCUUGUGUGUCUAGUGUAUUGUGGAAAUUUAAAAAACAAACAAACAAAAAACCUGUCAAAAUGGAAAAGAUGAAAAACAGAGGGGGAAAAAACCCCUUUCACUACAUGAACCGUCAAGCAGUAUUUCUGAGCAAGUAUUUGUUGUGAGCUGUAAACUAUUACCCACCGAUAACACUAUUCUUGUGUUCCAUUCUUUUUUAAAAAAAAAAAAUACAACAAAACAAAAAAAAAUAAUUGUACAGCUUAAAGCGUCCGUCUCUCAAAGAGACAGUGUAUUUUAUGAUCCUGCCACUCUCUGGCCACUUGACUCUCAUUCGGUUGUAGUGAAGAGAAGGGUCUCUUUGCAGAGGCGUUGCUGCGCCCGGUCACUGCAAGUAGCAUCACGCGAUGGACACACUGGACACAGAGUGUCCCUCCGGAAGGCCGUGCCGUGUCCCUCUGUCUAGAGGCCAGAGGCAGGCAAAGAGAGCUGGCGGUUCAGCAUACACUGACCCUCUACAUGUGGUUUUGCUCCUGUCUCUCUCUUGACGUCCGUAUGCCUAUUACGGUCCUGUUUUAGAUGUCCUUAUAAGAGAAACCCGUUUUUAAAUGUGCCAAGUUGUAUAUAUCUUACCUCUUUUUUCCCCCCUCUUUUUUUGUUUUGUUUUGCUGAGUGGCUGUAAAGCAAUACGGUAGCUGAACUUUUCACGUUCUCUUUCCUGACGGACCAAGCUCGUCCCGAUUGUACAUUCUUGUUAAACUUAUAAUUAUUAUUUUACUUCUUAGUUGGAACAAAAAAAAAAAGGCUCAUUCCAUUUAAAUUUUACCUGACGAUUUAAGAAAAAUUUUAAAGAGGGAAAAAAAAAGAGGGGAGAAGAAAAAUGCCCUUUGAGGAAAAAAUAUUUUAUUAAAAACAAAAAAAAAGACAAAUAAGAAAAUAGUUUGGAAUAUUUUCUUACUGUAGAGAAGCAUUGUACAGGAAAACCCCGAGUAUAAAAUACUCAUAACGUGUUGUGGGGAACGGGUUGGGGCGGGGGAAGGAAUCGCAUGUCCGAAAACCUUUUGAGUUGCUCCAUUUAGUUCAAAACGGGAAGGGGGGAAAGGGGAUCAUUGUCUUGAAAUGGUGUUAAACACUAAAAAAUAAAAAAAAGAGUCCUUUUAAAAAUAAUGAAAAAGCACGCCCAGAAGCGAAAACACUAGCUCUGCCAUUUUAUCUUUCUUUUGUUGAAAGACUAAAAAAAAAAGGAAAAAAAAGAAAACGGUAUUUUUUAGACAAUCAAAUUCUAGGUAAGUGUGAAGAAUUUGCGUUGUUGGGUUGGUUUCUUGUUUUCUUUUUUCUUUUUUAGUUUUUGGUUUUGUUUUCUUACCGGUGUAGAAAAUUACUGACUUUUUUUUUUAAAAGAUUCGGGGCGGGCAGGGGGUUAUUUUGUAUUAACUGAAGAGCCCAGCAGCGUUUCACCCGAUCGCUGAUAAAAGCCCAGAGUUUUUUGGGGUGGUGGUGGUACAAAACAAAACAAAACAAAAAUCCCCCAAAGAAGCACUACGUUUCAAAUAUAGAUAACGAACUCUUUUUAGUCUGCAUGGGGAUAGGCCGUGUGGUUGCUGAGAAGAAAUGCUGCUAAUAUAUUUCCUUUUUACGAGAGCAUAUCUAAAUAGACCAUUGUUUUGAUGUUAAUCUUUGUAAAUUAUGUAUUACCAAUUUUAACAUUGGAUGUAAUUGCAUAAAAAAAAAGCCUGCGUCUCAGAUAUUGAGAGAUUCUAGUAUUAAAUGGAAAAAAAAAUGUUUCCUAA